CGAGGAUACUAAGCCAAGAUGGCGGCUGUUUUGUGUACGAGAUUGUCCUCUUUUAUAUAAUAAGAUCAUGUCUCUAGUUAUUUGGAUGUUGUUUGAAAGGACGUAGUAUCUAUUUCCAAAGAAAGAGUCAUGUCUGAUCUGAAUAUUUUAUUCUGGUAAGACCUUGCUCUUGCAAUUUGAGAACGAGUUUUUGGUAAAGUUUUUGGCUCAUCUCACUUUGGUCAUUAAAUGCCCAGAAAAACACCCAUUAGUGCUGUGCUAAGUGAAGAAGGCUCUUUCUUUCCAUUUUAAUACCUUUAAUCUCUGCUCAAAUUUUAGCCCUGAAGAUCUACUGGCACACAAAAAGAAACCUUCUCAGUUACCACUGCAAGGAGGACCCAAGGCAUUCGCUCCGGAUGUAGAUGCAGAUGACAAAAUCUUGUCGUCCUUGCUUCAGGAACAUGGAGAUGUCCUACAGGAACAAAGAGUUGCAAAAAAGUAUAUUUUAUUGAGUUCUUUUCUUUGCUCUCUUACCACACCGUGGGUAACAAACUACUUAUUAUGACUUGGAAUUUAAAGACAUGUCUUUCUGCGAAUGACUUUAAGAUUAGAACUUGAAUGUAAAGUUCACUUACUGAAAUAAUUUUUAUACAAUACAAUUAGUUAUCAAUUAAGAUUUAGUUAUACAUAAACACGUAAAUAACAGCGAUAUGAACCGACGUUUUGAAGUCUUCAUGACGCCAUUGUCAAGGCAAUUUAUGCGAGGAUAGUGAAUUCUGCGACCAUUAAUAACUGCAAAAAAUUUACUCUAUAAAGAAUGCGAGAUUAAAUUACAGGGAUACUUUAACGUGGAUUGAGUCGAAUUGCAUGUUCGGAGUUGGUUUUAGUUUGGUUUAAACACUACCAAGACAAACAUGGCAAGGUCCCUGCUUCACGGUUCUAAAGAAAUGCAAAAAUAAAUUUGAUUGCUUAAUGCAUGAGAUGUUAUUCAUCAGAAAACUAAAAUUAACUCUGAACAUGCUAUCUGACUUAAUCAGUGUUUAAGUAUUUCAGUUAUUUAAUCUUGCAUACUUUAUUAUGUAAGAUUAUGGCAGUUAUCAUUACUUGCAGAAUUCAUUAUCCUAACGUUUACCUUGACAAUAGCAUCAUGAAGACUCCGAAACGUCAGUUAAUACAAUUAGUGAUUGCAAUUUUGAUUCAUGUUUCUGACAGGAGCAACUUAUCUGUAGGCACAUGGGUUCCUGGUGAAAAAGUUGUGGAGAUGUCAGUAACAAAGGUGAAUAGUUGUCUAGAAAUGCAUUCAUAAUGUUUAAAAAAAAAAUUUGGUUUGUUUGAUUGUUUGCCCAUUGAUUUAUGUUCUAGCGCAUAUUUCCACAGAGCUUAGUGUGUAAGUUUUUUUUGUUCCACCAUAAAGUGAUGGAAGGGCUACCAUUCUGAGAAAAGUUGAUAAAUGAAAGCCCAUAUGUCUGGAUCUAGGCCUUGGCCAAUUGUGUACUUGUCAAAGUCUCUUGCAUAUGUCUGUCAGGUGUUUGACAUUAGAAAUGAACUCUGUUAUAACAGAUUCAGGUGACAAGCUAUCAAGGUUAAGUUGCCUUCCCUUUUUGCAGGGUCCUCACUGGCAGCACUUUGGACAUCAAAAACAUGGCAAAAUGUUACUACAACCACAUGAAGCUCUUUUUCUUCUUGAACAGGUAUAUUGCAUGUCAUUUGGGUAUUUGAUUAAUUCAUUUUUGUUUUUCUGAGUAUUCUUUUGUACUAUCUUAUUUUUAUAAGCAAAAUCACACAGAACCAGCUAUAAUGACCCACCAUACUUACCCAUACUCACCUUCUUUUUUUCUCUUUGACCAGAGAUAUUUUGGUAAAGUGGAGAAGUUGCAUUUAAAUUUCCUAUUAAUUAUAUCCUAAUUCACAGAAGAGACAGACAGUCACACAGGAUGUCUACUUUCUCUUAUCUUAUAAUAACACACUCUAUAAAUUGAGAUCAUUCUCAAAAGUGAAAUAAACUGAAUGGCAAAAUUUUGCAAUUAUCCCUACUUAUGAUAACUUGCUUUAAUUUAAUGCUUCAGGGAUCAUUGGCACUUUAUUAUGGUGGACUUCCAAUGUCUUUUCAACAGGUAGUAAUAAUAAUAAGUCCUUCCUUCCUUCAAAACAAAAUACAUUUACAAAUCUCCACAGUAUAUGUAUACAUUAUGCAUGUAUUAGUAUGUGCAUAUAUUGCUCAACAUAUCUCAGAGUGAACUGCAUGUGCAAGUGUAAAGCUUGAACUCUUUAAGUUGAAAACGAUGUCUGCUUAGACCUUAUAAUGUAGAAAUGCUAUCAAAGUGUUUCUAAUUGAUCAUUUCCUUUCCUGUAUCCAAGUUGUAUUAUCACUGAUAACAUAAAGUUUAUUUUCCUUUUAUUUUUAAUCUGAUGCACUGUAGGCCUAUAUGACUAUGCUCUCUGAAGGUUUCUCUCCUGAUUUCUAUCUGGUUGGUGGAAAUAAAAUAUUACUAUUUUUUAAUACUUAUAAUGAAAUUGUGUUUGUUUUAUUUGAAGAAAGGUGUGCCAUGAUCAGUAAUGUCUUAAUGGUUCCCUGUAUUGGACACCAAGUUUUGUACACUGUAAUCUCUGGUUUUUCUAUAUGUUUGAGUCCUUUUAAUGAUGAGUGCUGAAGGUUUAAUGUUUUUCAGGGUUUUGAAACUAAUGAAUUGAAGUAUCCACACUAAUGAAAUGUUUGGUGUUAGAGUUUUUAUUGACAGCACUAAGAACAUAUUCCAUACAUUUGAUAUUUAUUGUAACAAUUAAUUUUUCUUAUUUUUUGAAAUUCUGUGUUGUGUCAUGUUAUUCCAGGUUUACACUUAUUUUCUGCGCUUGGGAUUCACAGUUCUAAGACAUCAAUCAAGGUAUAGUUAAAUUCUUAUACAUGUCCUUUACAUGUUCUUCAGAAGCAAGAACCUGAGGUAUGUGUCAAUAAUUAUUGUUGAAUAUUUGAAUAUCUCUAACUCUAUGAAAAUUUAAGUCACCAGCCUCUCAUAUUUAAAUUUACUAUGCAUAUGGUGUCAGAUUCACUGUGAAUGUGUUUCUUGUUUAGAAAAAAACAUGGAUCAGACACACAGACUGAUAUGGUCAGCCCAGAGAAGAAAAAACAACAAGAAGCCGUAACAUCUGUUGAAAGUGAAGGAAGUGUUGAUGCUGCUCAUGGUAAAGGUAGCAAACCACUGGCGUCAUCUCCUGUUACCCACCUUUGGACCAGUGAAGAUGGCUGUAGACCCCUUGUGAGGCCAGAGGAUGCCACCUCAACAGGUAUGUCACAUGUAUAUGUAGUGUUCAAAAUAGACUCAUUGAAAUCUUGAGAUGUGUCAAUGUUAAAUGAUACCUUGUAUCUAAUAGUCUUUUUAUGGAGCUAAAUUAACAAAAAAAUCAGUAGAAUCAGAUUAACAAGGAUAAGCAUGGGGAUGCUCCUAUUGGCCUUUGUCUCCAAGUUGAAUUGGAAUUGGAAUUAGGGGUGUUGUUUAUUCUGGAGAGAAGAAGACUAGAGAAUAUGGAGGAAAACCUAAGGAGCAAGGAUGAUUGGAAAUGGACUUCAGGGUCCCACCGGAAGCAAGCCCUUAACACUCUAGUAGAGUUUCAGCUUUUGUAUUCUAAAAUUACUUUGGUGCCUUUUUAGCUGCAGUUUUGUCCAAGCUACAAGUAAUCAAAAACCAAAGGAUGACUGAAGCUAAUGAUUUAAGGUACCUCUGUAUUAAACAUUUUAGGGAGCUAUCCUUCAGAGGGCUCAUUACCUCAUUGCAUAAUAUCAAGUCAUAGAAAAGUCUGCAACUGCAUGGCCAUGGGCAAGCAGUGAGGAUACAGGCCAAAAUUGUUAAUAAUAGUAAUAAUAAUAAUAAUAAUAAUAAAACUUUUUAGGGUAUUUAUCCUAGAGCUAAGGGCUCUAUUACAAAAUUAAUAAAAACAUUGUAUCAUAAUAAUAACAAGUCAUUAAAAUUUUAAAAUAUUUAGAAAUAUUAACAAUGUUCAGAUAACAUAAAAAACUUGUACAAUGCAGAUAAAAAAAAUCACAUGGACAAGCAGUUGACUGUCUUCCACUAGGCUGGCUAGGUCAACUCUAUGGAUUUUAGUUUUAAAGAUGCUAAGGCUUGGUAGUUCACGCAGUUGACAGUGAUAUUAAAGUACCUAAUAAUAUGCAUGAAAAAUCACUUGUGGCUGAUUGGCUGAAAAUGAGUGCAUUUUUAUGUGAUAUAAGUACAAUGUUGUAACACAAAUGCAAAUUUCAAAUUCCGCUCACCCACUUCCAAAAUUUCGUCCAUCUUGCCUGACUGUGAUGCAUUUUUCAUAGUAAUUUUUAACAAGUAACGACAUGAUUUCUCAUGCAAUAUGGUGUAAAUAAGCACUUGUAAAAUUUUUCAAAGAAGACUACUUGUCCUCGAUCAUGUUGUUUCCUAUGCAAAUAGGAAAAAGGAGCACAUUUGAAGUGGAGUGAUCAGAUUUAUACUUUGGGGAGGGGAGGGGGGGAAGAGUUACCAAUCCUACUGGAUUGCCUGGUUUUAUUGUUGGAAACUAAUGUUAGUCUUCAGUCUAUGAUUCUAACUAAAUUGGCAAUACAAUUUGUUGGAAACUAAUGUUAGUCUUUUGGAAAAUGUUCCUAUUAAAUUAGUUAUUUAAUUGUGAACUUGAUUCCAAGAGUAGAAUGAACCCAACCAUUGUCAUUAGUUACAUGCACUUUGUGUAUAACUAUGACCACUGCUCUGUAAUGGGCUGAUGGUUCGUCAUUGACUUCAAAAUGUCUGCUUACUGCUAUUCGGUCUACAGCACAAAACAGCAAUCUCUUCAAAUAGCAUUUGAUGUUUAUCAGCCUGGGCUGAAUUUCAAGAAAUCAGAUCCAGGGACUCCAGACUUCUGUGUCUCUGUAUGCAGGUAACUUGUGCUUGUGCUCUGCUUUUGAAAAGUUUCUAAAAAUGGGCCCUCAUUUAUCCUCCUAGAGUUCCAAAUCUCAGAUUCAGUUUGAACCGCAAAUAUCGUAGUGCUAAUAGGAAAGGUUACAAUUCCUAUGACUCUUAAAAUAUCAUUUCUCUUAGUAAUAAGAUCAAUACUGGGUUCCUUUCCAACUCUUUCAGGUCCCUAUCUUAACUGUUUCUUCCCAACUCGCGAAGGGGCAAUCGUUAAAGAAUACAACCUUGUAAAUCCACACUCAUUCUUAAAAGGAAUGAAGAAAAGGGGUUGUGAAGCGUGAUGCGAAGUGAAUUCUUCAAUUAACGUCGAACUUUUGAGUCUGUUAUAUGUAGUUUGUCCAAUCUUUUCCUUCGCAACCAUAAGUGUCGUUUACAGGGGGCUUCGUGCCUACCUGACGGUGUCCUCUGAUUAAAAAUCCUCAUUUAAUUUAGUCAAAUGUUGCUAUGUUUGUCUGCUGUGAGUCGGAAGCCUCGACCUUAUGCACGGUAACCCACCCCGCUCCUAAUUGAGUCAGUCAGGCCACGGUUAAGGUGUAAUUUAUCAUGAAACUGGUCAAUUCUGUACUUUCAGGUUUUGUGACCCUCCCCCUUCACUGGCGGUUAUGAGCGCUAUGAAAAAGGAAUGCGCUCGUGUUCCACUUAAAAUCGCUCUGGUAGAUGGAGGAAGUAUAUCUUUUUACAGUGUGCUGGAUGUCGACAGCCCCACAUAUAUCACGAGAGGUUAACGCGACUCGAAAACGUCACAACCCUACCAGCUAGCUCGGAUAACGGAAAAAAGGUGCUCAGAAAUGCCUGCGUGCAGUCGUUGUCAGUGAAUUUCAACUCGUGGCCAUGCCCUGAACUUCGCGUCGCACAAGCAAUGAAUUGUUUGAGAAAUUUCGACUUGCGAAUCUCGCAAUUUCAUAGAGUAUGUUGUUAGAAGAAAUUCUCAAACAACGAAGACGUUUCGUUUCAUGUAAGGGACUAACUCCGCUUGAGCGGCUCCCAGUUUUCGUUGCAUGAUGCUCCUCCUUCCUGAUGUAAGGCAAUUAUCCCCCAGCAUUUCACGGUGUAAUCCUGUUUCGCUGAGAGUUCGUCGGUAUCCGCUCACACUUCAUGGUAGAAAGAAGCUGAAAUAUUUAAAUGAAUGGCCAAUGAACGAAACUAAUUAAGUUGCCUCCUAUAGUCUCGAACUCAUACCUAUUCAUCAAAAAAUUCAUUGUCUUUUUUCACACGAAUCUCAGUUCAGUCACGGCGAGUCUUGCAGUAACUUUUCUCUGGCCUCUGAGAUAAGGAGAAGAUUCCUUUCCAUUCACUUUCAGGAUGUAAGCAUUGCCGCAUGAGUGUGUUGCCUUGCCUGGAUCCUCGCCCGCUUCACUGCGGAUGGAAACUUUUUUGACAACUGUCACAAGAAAAGCAAAAAAUAAACGUCUUUAGUUUAAGGGAAGGAUGUGUCAAGUCAGAGGCAUUACGUUUACUUACAGCUCAGGAAUACAAGUUUCCCUCCCAGUCACGGCGUGAAGUGGCUGAAUGACACUUCUCUUCCUUGAUGGAUGCUAUUUUCACACACAUGAUACUUUCCACACGAGGUUAAGCAUUUAUCUACUGAAUUUUAAUCUUUUGAAUCUUUGAAUCUUUUGAAUCUUUUGAAUCUUUGGAGCCCAUGUCUAUCUCUGGGUUAAGAACGACGCUCAUUAAGUGAACAACUUGGCUUUUAAAAAAUGCAUUACUGCGUUACAAACUACAAACCACGUUGCAAAAUCAAACUUGACUUCGAUAAAGUCAACUCUCUUGAUUCCUUUGUAUCAUUGUAGAAAAUCUCUUUCGUUUUCAAAUUUCAAGUGACAAUUUUUUGCUUCAUCUCCCCCAUUUGUAUUCUUUUGUAUUCACGCGCAGCGCGCGUUAUUUCACAAAUUAGCCAAUCAUGUUAAAGAACUCUAACCCUGACAUUGGAAAACUGACGUGGACGCGUACUUUUAGUUUUCGUAGAGUUUUGGUUGUUUUUGAGCUCUCGUUCGCGUAAAUUUGUUACCCCUUUGCUUGGAAAUUUAAGAAGUUUCGGAGUUUUAUUUUAGCAAAAUGUUGUGGUUCAUUUAACAAGCUUAAUACAUAUUUUCUACGGAGUUUCAACUCUAGUCUCUCUUUUUCGUAAAUGAAUUCUUUUACAAUUAUAUUCAGAGUUAUCAUCGUCUGUCAAACUGCAAUGUUGGCCUCAAGCUGUGAAUAUAAUACUGCUAAACGGUAUUAGUUGGUAGCAGUGUAAUGUCAAGGGAAAUAUUGGUAUAAAAAUUUGCUAAAUAUUUCUUGCAACUUACGUUCUUUACAUUGUUCCUUUGUAACUCAGAUGACAUUUGCCGAUUUCAUUUCAGUCGGUCCAUUUCGCCUAAUCUAUGAUUUCCAACUAAAUCAGGGCCGUAGAUAGCAUGAGGCAAGACGAGGCAAAUGCCUCGUCUUGAUUUUGGC